AUGACAGGCCAGAACACUCUGGGUCAUGGCCUAGCCAAGAUCCUAGGUAUCAAACUAGAAGGUCAAAAGCGAGACCAAUGCGCCCAAAUGGGUGAUCAUUCAGUUCUCUCGUCACAAAACGGCGGCUCGUUCUAUGAGACUGAACCCACGUCAGCAGAAUGGGUCAAGGAACAAAUCCCAUCCAAAGAGGAUCUUAUCACAUACGGAGCUUCAUUAUUCCCCUUCUCGAAUUGGAUAGGCCACUACAAUUUGCAGUGGUUUGCAGGUGACCUAGUCGCUGGUAUCACAAUCGGCGCAGUCGUGGUUCCACAAGGAAUGGCUUAUGCCAUGCUUGCCAACUUGGAACCUCAGUUUGGUCUCUACUCGUCCUUCAUAGGGGCUUUGAUCUACUGGAUAUUUGGGACUUCCAAGGAUAUCUCGAUUGGCCCCGUUGCCGUCCUUUCCACCGUUGUUGGCAACGUUGUCCAUGACAUCCAGAACUCUGGGCAAGAAAUACCAGCCCAUGUAAUUGCUUCCGCAUUGUCUAUUUCUGCUGGGUUUGUUGUCCUUGUUACCGGGCUGCUCAGAUGCGGAUGGAUCGUGGAUCUCAUUUCUAUUACUUCGCUUUCGGCCUUCAUGACUGGGUCUGCUAUCACUAUUUGUGUUGGUCAACUACCAACACUACUUGGUCUAUCGGGCUUCUCGACUCGGGAUUCACCAUACCAAGUCUUUAAGAACACGAUCGAGCAUCUGGGAGAGGCCAAUUAUGAUGCCGUUGUCGGGUUAUCUGCUCUGGCUAUUCUGUAUUGCUUUCGCCAGGGCUUCACCAUCGCCGCAGAACGAUACCCGAAGCACAAGAGGUUCUUAUUCUUCACCAACACAAUGCGAACGGUUUUUGUUAUCAUAAUGUACACGACCAUCAGCUGGGCUCUGAACAAGCACAGACGAGAUAAUCCUCUUUUCAACAUUCUAGGAGCUGUACCAAAGGGCUUCCAGAACAUCGGGGUACCCACAAUAACACCGGAUCUCAUCUCAGAUUUUAGUCCCUACUUGCCAGCAACCGUCAUUGUCUUGCUCGUCGAGCACAUAGCCAUCUCCAAGUCAUUCGGACGAGUCAACAACUACACGAUCGACCCUUCGCAGGAAAUGGUUGCUAUCGGAAUGGCCAAUCUCAUCGGGCCCUUUCUUGGAGCGUUCCCGUCCACAGGAUCUUUCAGUCGCACGGCUAUUCAGUCGAAAGCUGGCGUGCGAACACCCGCUGCUGGUAUAGUGACUGGACUUGUUGUCCUUCUUGCAACAUACCUAUUAACGGCCGUCUUCUUUUACAUCCCGAAUGCCGCUCUUGCAGCUGUUAUAAUACACGCUGUUGGCGAUCUCGUCACGCCUCCAAAUACUGUUUAUCAAUUCUGGAGAGUCUCGCCGAUUGAAGUUUUCAUCUUUUUCACUGGAGUAACCGUCAGCAUCUUUGCACACAUCGAGGCUGGACUGUAUGCCACAGUUCUGUUCUCGGGUGCCGUAUUCUUGUAUCGAAUUCUUAAAGCUCAUGGCCGAUUUAUGGGCAAAGUCAAGGUUCACUCAGUCAUCGGGGAUCAUGUUAUCGGUGACCAUCAUCGCAAAGUCGUUGGUAGAUUUGGGACAACCGAGAACUUGGAUACCUCCGCAAGAAACGUGUUUCUUCCACUCGACCAUGACGACGGCUCCAAUCCUGAAGUCGAGGUUGGCCACCCGUAUCCUGGAAUAUUUAUCUACAGGUUCUCUGAAGGUUUCAACUACCCAAACGCCAAUUCAUCCCUGGACUAUCUCACCGAUUUCAUCCAGUCAAACACUCAGCGCAGCAGUCCCGAGGCGUUUGAACGACCCGGAGAUAGGCCAUGGAAUAACCCGGGACCCAGGAAAUCUGCAAAACGACCUGUACACGUUGACGCGGAUUCCACCCUUCCGACGUUAAAAGCAGUAGUUAUGGAUUUCAGUUCUGUUAACAACGUUGACAUCACUUCGAUACAACGACUGAUUGAUAUACGGAACCAACUUGAUUCAUACGCCUCUCCGGAUGGGGUCGACUGGCAUUUUGCCUGUAUCAACAACCGAUGGACCAAGAGAGCGCUUAUAGCAGCAGGAUUUGGAAUGCCUUGCAGACCUGAAGAGGAGGGACUACAGCGCAGAUGGAAGUCCAUUUUCAGCGUGGCAGAGAUCGGGGAUAGAAACUCAGCUCUAGCUGAAGAGACGGACUUCCACGGCAUUACGCCCAGAGAUCUUGACAUCACAGAAGAAGAGCCUCUGGUGGGAGGAAUGCCCUCUGUACGAUCUUAUGGAUCCAUGUCACCUGGGGAGUUGGAGAAGCAAAGGCGGAGGGGCGCUGUGGUUCAUGGUCAGAACAAGCCUCUGUUCCAUGUGGACUUGACAAGUGCUUUACAAAGUGCCAUCGCCAAUGUUGAAGAGAGGACAGUUCAAGGAGAAUGA